AGUUUGCGGAAGCAGCAGCUCAAUUCAACAGCAAUAGUAAACUUGAAAACCAUAAACGAGAAGCUGCAAAUGCCGUCCACGGAUAUUCCAAUGCAAGAUAUUCAUGUCCUCAUCUUGGAUGAGGUAGGGACACCGACUGUCAACAACACAGUCACUUAUACCUCCUUUCUGUCCCCUGCCGACAAUGUGAGUCUUCUGAUAAUAACGAGCAAAGGUGCUCUCUCUCAAGCCGAUAAAUCAAAAUGUCUCGACUAUGUCGAGAUUUCCAAUCCAACCACAAACGGUAUGGUGGAAUUACAUGCGCUCAAACUUCACGAGAAGUACCGGAUCGAUAGGAUUUACACCAAGCAAGAGGAUUUAAUCUUGCGAGCGGCUCACCUUCGUCGUUUGCUGGGAAUUAACACAGGCUUAGCGCCUGAGGAUGCCCUCUUGUUUAGAGACAAGCAUUCUAUGAAGGAGGCUAUCAGGAAGAGCGGGUUUGCUGUUCCGGAUUUUGCAAGAGUUUAUUCGCCUUGUGAUGUCUUGGCUUUUGUCAAAACGCACGACUACCCCGUUAUCAUCAAACCUACUCUGGGAUCCGCAUCUGCCGGUGUUCGGGUUGUUAAAUCGCCGCAGGAUUUGGAAAGGUAUCUCGAGAGCGAGUUCUAUGACGGUAUAGAUGAGCAUGGAAAGUGCAUGGAUUACUCAGGAGACAUGAUAAUAGAAGAGUUUGUCAAGGGAAAGAUGUAUCAUGUCAAUGGAUAUGCGAAAAAUGGGGCAUUGCAGUUAAUUUGGCCAUUUGUUUAUUUGAAAACGAAUUUGGAAUUUACGAUGGGGGAAGCCUACGGAAACGUGCUGAUACCUCGGAAAGACCAGAGGUGGCAGAACCUCUUCGAUGCGACGGAAAGAAUUUUAAAGGCUCUGCCAACUCCAGAGGACCUGGUUUUUCAUUUAGAGCUGUUUGAAGUUGAUAAAGCUGGAACACAGGAGUUUGUGCUCUGCGAAAUCGCUGCCAGAAGACCGGGCGGUAGUAUCGGACUCUUGAUCAAUGCUGCCGAGGGUGGUUCAUUAGCAGCAUCGCAGAAUCACACCGAAUCUAUAUUUCCCGAAAUAGAAUUCCGCCUCAGCAUUGGCCUUCCACUCCGACACAAUCGCCUCGACAUUGCAAAAAUCGCUCAAAGUCCAGGGUUCGCUGUAGCGGACUUGAUGAUUCCCCGCCAGCUUGGAAAGCUCGUUACCUUACCAUCAGCAGAUGCCAAGUGUCCCGUUCCAAAUGUACAAUAUUUCCCGAUUGCCAAACCCGGCAGUGUCUACAAGGGAUUCGAUAUUAACACUAUGAAUACUUGCGCUAGAUUUGUCGCGAUCUGUAGUGAAACAACUGUUGAAGAGAUGGAGGGGAAGUUGAGCAAGGCGCAUCAGUGGUUUAAAGAGGGAACAGUUUAUGAACAGGAAGGGAAUAUCCCGCAAACUUCUCAGUAGGAAGCGACUUGUUUCUGCUCGAGAUGUAGCCCAGAACAAUAGAUACGUGAUUAACAAGAGACUCUAGAUGAAGCAAAUAGGGCGAGCUUUGGAACAAUUCUUAAGCAGAGGACAUCUGUUGUACAUCUCACUAGCAUACAAACAUGCUUAAUACGCAUUUUCUUCGGCAAUCUCAA